AUGACAGACGUCGUCAGCGCUCCUCAAGAGGAAGACGAGCCACGUCCUCCGUUACCAAGAAAGAUGUCGUCGCUCCGAACCAGGCCGGCCGCACGUCGAGUCCCGACCGCGAACCGCGUCACGAUAGCCAUCCCGAAACCUUCCCCCACCAGCGAUGUCACCAGCGCCCGCUCCGCUUCCGGGGCCGGUAUCCAGUCGCCCGAACUUAAUGUCACAUCCACGCCAUGGUCCAAAAAGCUUAUUCUGACCCUCGACGGCGGCGGCAUCAAGGGGUACUCGUCUCUGAUAGUUCUGCAGGCGCUGAUGCAGGAGAUUGCGCAGGUUGAGCAAGACCUUGACCCGCGCGCCUCAUCGAGCGCCCAGACUGAGCGGAUACCCCGCGAUCAAAUCCCCGAAGACGUCUUCAGGGAAGAUCAAUAUCUACCGUGCCACUAUUUUGACUACAUCGCGGGUACCAGUGUCGGAGGUUUGAUCGCCAUCAUGCUGGGAAUGCUUGGGAAGAGCGUCGAUGAAUGCAUCAGUGAAUUCCACCGCCAGAACAAGAACAUACCUCUCACCACGGACCUUGCCGGCGGCGCCACGAUCGACUUUCCACUGCUCUAUCGCCGGAGCACCUGGCCGACCAAGCGCACCCGCGCCUUUUUCGAUACGUUUGCCAAGUUCAGCGUCAGCUCUACAACCAGGAACAAGGCCGCCGUCGCUGCCACUCUCCCAACACCGGUCUCUUCGAGAUCAUCCACCCACUCGAAUGAGUCGACCGGCUUCCGGAAGGAUGCCUUUCAAUGUCAGACCCUGGCGUGGUGUACUGAAGUCGAGCGUCACCAACCGCGCCGCCCAUACGCUUUCUGCACGUACAAAGAAGAGGAGGAAGAUGACGCCGGCAGUCUGGUCUCGAUUCCCGAAGUCGCAAAGGCCAUCACGGCGCCGUCGUCGUAUUCCUUCAAGCCGUUCAAGCUAGGCUCGGGGUCGUUUGUGGACGGCAGCAAGCAGAUUCGCGACCCUACUCUUGAAGUGCUGAAGGAAAUCUCAUCGCUGCUCGACGACGGCGAGCCCUCUAUUGAUUUGCUGCUGAGCCUGGGGACGGACGAGCACCAAGCCUGGUUUUAUGAGAAGCUUCGGGCUUUUACCUCGUCUGCGUCUACGCCUCUUUCUGCGAACUCCACCACUUCGAGGGAGAGUCUUUUGGAUCAGGAAAGGGGGAAGAAGUACAAGACUUAUUACCGGUUUGAGGCGCCUGAUGUCAAGCUGGGGAUGAGGAAGAAGUACUAUUUGAGCGAGAUUGAGGAGGCCACGCGGGAGUGGUUGAGUUCCAAGGAGCAAAAGGAGCAGAUUGGGAGGUGA